AUGGGUGUCUUGAGCUGCAUGAAGUAUCUGAUGUUCAUCUUCAACGUGCUGGUGUUUUUCUUCAUCCUCGUCAGCCUUGUCUUCCUCACGCAGCUCAUUGGAGCCGUUCUCUUUCUGGUGCACUGGAAACAGGUCCAGCCCGAGCAAUUCCUGUCUGAUCUGCAGAGGAACUAUGGUGGGGAUGAGGGUGCUGAGGUCUUCUCCACAGCCUGGAACACCCUCAUGGUCACGUUCUCGUGUUGUGGUGUUUUAGGACCCGAAGACUUUGGGAAUGGCUCCCGCUUCCAGGAGCUGCACCCAGAGAUGCCAUGGCCACGGGCAUGCUGUGUCCGGGAUGGGCUUCUGCAGGCGGGAGAGGUCCUGGGCUGGGAGCAGUGCCAGGACAGAAGCCCUGGCUACAUCCAUGAGCAGGGCUGCUUCUCUACCUUCGGCAGGACCCUGCAGAGGUACAUCUCUCUCCCUGGGACCUGCAGCUUAGCCGUGCUGGGCAUUGAGAUUUUUGCCAUGUUCUUCGCCUUCUGCCUUUACUACAACUUCGACUGA